AUGGCUUCCAACACCACCAAAGAAGUACUCCACGAUCUCUCUCCUUUUCUCGUAGUCUACACAGAUGGAAACAUCGAGAGAUUCUUGGUCACAUCUAAUCUCCUGCCGUCACCGGAGGACCCAACCACUGGCGUAGCCUCCAAAGACGUAAUAGUCAUUUCACCGGAGGUUAAAGCCAGACUAUUCCUACCAAAGCUGACAGACUCCAACCAAAGACUCCCCGUUUUAGUCUACUACCAUGGCGGUGGAUUUAUCGUCGAUUCUCCCUACUGCUUGAACUUCCACCGUUACAUGAACCUUUUAGCCGCAGAAGCGAAAGCUCUAAUCAUUUCUGUUGAAUACAGGCUCGCCCCUGAACACCUUCUACCCAUAGCCUAUGAAGAUUCAUGGACUGCCCUUCAAUGGGUGGCGUCUCACGUUAUUGCAAAUGCUAGUAUCGAAAAGGAUCCAUGGGUUGUUAAACAUGGCGAUUUUGGUCAUCUGUAUAUCGGCGGCGAUAGUGCAGGUGGCAAUAUAGCACAUAAUAUUGUUCUCCGAGCUGGAGUGGAGCCUUUGCUCGGGGAUGUGAAAAUCUUAGGUUUGUUUCUAUCUUGUCCUUAUUUCUGGGGAUCAAAACCAGUUGGGUCGCAAUCAAAAGAAGAUUUGACUGGUUUUGCAUAUAAAGCUUGGAUGUGUGUUUAUCCAUCAGCCGCCGGGAAGGAUGCAUUUACGCCUGGAGGGAUUCGUUACGUUGAGUCUGCGAAGAAAAGUGGGUGGAAUGGUGAAGUGCAGCUGGUGGUGGUUGAUGGAGAAUAUCAUGAAUUUCAUGUAAAUGAUCCUUACACUAAGAAAGCAAAGGAUUUGAUUAAGAAAUUGGCUUCUUUUAUUUCAAGGUGA